UCCAGUUCAUGCUCUUCUCUGUCUUUCUCUUUCUACCAUUUUCCCAAAAUCCCAAACCAGAAACACAAGGACUAGAGAAGGAAUCAAAAAUGGUGACCGGGUGGAGAAGGGCCUUCUGCACGUCUAUCCCUAAAGAGAGACAGACCAAAGUUGUUAGAGAGAAGCAACAACAAUGUGAGAACACUAACACCACCAAUAACCAAAGCCCCAAAAUCACCUCCAAGUUCGGCUUCUUCUCCUCCUCCUCCUCCUCAAACCCAUCCACUCCUCACCUCCAAUCCCAGCCGGUCUCGAGUCCCAGCCUCCGCUGCCGCACCACCGCCGCUACAGCUCCAACCACCCCCAAUUCUUCUCUCCCCAACAGCCCAAAACUCCAAUGCAACAUCCCUCCCGCCACCACCACCACCCCAAAGAAAUCCAGCAGCUAUAGCCCCAGGCUGUUCCAACGAUCCAACCCCUCCUCGCCUAAGUCGCCUUCGAGCUUCUCCCUCCUCAAAUCCACCCUCCGCCUCAACAAAAGUAGAUGCGGAAUCUGCUUGCAGAGCGUUAAAAGCGGACAAGGUACGGCCAUUUUCACAGCCGAGUGCUCCCACUCGUUUCACUUCCCUUGCGUCAAGAACCAACCGCUCCACCUCUGCCCCGUCUGCAACGCCACCUGGAAGGAGCUCCCUCUCCUCGACAUUCUCACUCCCCAGACUAAGCCCCAAACUGACAGCCACUCCAAGCUCAGGGACGUCAAGACCAAGCCGUUGAGAGUUUACAACGACGACGAGCCGCUCAUGUCGCCGACUUCCGGCGCCAGGUUCAAUCCGAUUCCGGAGUCGGAUGAGAAUGAUGAAGAAAACGACGCCGUUGAGUUCCAGGGAUUUUUUGUCAAUUCAGAGAGAAGUAGUGUCUGUUCCGGGAAUCGGAAGAGUGUGGAGCUCAGUUUGUUGCCGGAAUCCGCGGUGGUGGCGGCUGGGAAGAGUUACGAGACUUACGCCGUCGUGUUGAAAGUCAAAGCUCCGCAGCUUCCGGAGCGCAGGACCCCGCGUCGGGCUCCGAUUGACCUUGUGACGGUGGUUGACGUCAGCGCGACUACCAGCCGCUCCAGGAUUCAGGCCACGAAACGCGCGCUGAGGUUGAUCGUUUCUUCUCUCUCCGACGCCGACCGCCUCUCCAUCGUGGCGUUCUCGUCAACUUCGAAGAGGCUGUUGCCGUUGAGGAGGAUGACGUCAGCCGGCCGGAGAUCGGCGCGUCAGAUAGUCGACGCGCUCUGCGGAGUUGGGCAGGGGAUGUGUGUGAACGACGCGCUGAAGAAAGCGGCGAAGGUGUUGCAAGACCGCCGCGAGAGGAACCCAGUCGCUAGUAUUAUGCUGCUAUCCGACGUUGCCCAUUCCGCCAAUCAGAAGCGCUCCUCCCCGGUCGUGUCAUCCACGCGCUUCCCUCACCUCGACGUCCCAGUCCACACCGUCGGGUUAGCCGAAACUACCGACGACGCGUUCGUCAAGUGCGUGGGGGGUUUAUUAAGCGUGGUGGUCAAAGACGUCAAGCUCCAGCUCAGCGUGGUAACCGGCUCAGCCAACGCCGAGAUUGCGGCGGUUUAUUCUCUCACGGGCCGGCCCACCGCUCUCGGAUCCGGUUCGAUCCGGCUCGGCGACCUCUAUGCCGGAGAAGAGCGAGAACUGCUCGUCGAAUUGAAAGUCCCGGCCAAUUCCGCCGGGUCCCACAACCAGAACGCGAUGAUGUCCGUACGGUCCACCUACAGAGACCCGUCGUCAAAUGAGCUCGUAUCUCCCAAAGAGCGAGCCCUCCUCGUACCCCGCUCGCAGGCCGUGCGAUCGUCCUCCUCAAUGUCCAACCCCAACAUCCAACGUCUCCGAAACCUCCACGUCACGGCCCGAGCCGUGGCCGAGUCGCGCCGGUUCUUGGAGCGGAACGACUUCUCAGGCGCAUAUCAUUUGCUGACGUCAGCCCGAGCUCUAUUGCUCCAGUCAAGCUCGGCUUCGGCGGAGGAGUUUCUUCGCGGAUUGGAGGCUGAGAUGGCGGAGCUCCACCGUGGAAGGCAGCAGCAGAGUACUGUAGCACAGAGGCAGAGAGGGAGCGGACACGUGGAGGCUGAGAAGCCGGAGCCGCUGACGCCGACCUCGGCUUGGCGCGCCGCCGAGAGGUUGGCGAAGGUGGCGAUAAUGAGAAAGUCGAUGAACAGAGUCAGCGAUUUACACGGCUUCGAAAACGCCAGAUUUUAGCUUUCUUAAAUUU